AGUAGGUGCUGCAUCUACCCAGGUACUAGCACCCAGCAUCACCGCCUUACAGUACAUGCGGCGGCUACUCGUCGUGGGCAAACAACAGGGCAAUCGCCGGGUACCUGGGGCUGCAGCCUCUGCACGACAAGCGACUGGCCUGAGCGGCAACCACUCGCAACAACACCACGCCCGCUUGAAUGCGACAGGCGGCCAGCGCAUGACGGUGUCCAUUAGUUCUUGUUGAUCUACUACGUACAUUAUUGAACUGCUGCGGUCACCACUACCACGGCCAGUGCUACACCAUGGUUGUGCCAGCAGCCAGCAUACUACUGUCCUAGAAGCAUAACCGAUACCUUUAUUGUGAUUGUUAUCAUGAUGAUAGACAGGGCCCUACUCUGCACGGUGGUAUGGAAGAUUAAAAAACGCUCACCCUUCCGUACUCGAUCAGGCCCAUUGUCCUGACACCCUCCACUUGCCGUGUCCAGCUGUCCACACUCGGCAGCUGUGGUCCUUCACCUACUGCUUCGGUGGUAAGCAACCUCAAAAAGAGGACUAGUUGACUCCGUUUGCCUAGCUUCUGCCAGCUUAAGCACCUGCUGGCAGCCAUAUCAGCGAGAAGAGGGUUGGGUCAUCCUGUCAAAUUCUUAUUGCCUGGCAGGACAUGAUGUAUCUCUGGCAUCUAGGGAUCCCCGCCCGGCGUUCCACCCCAGCACAGGUCCAUGUCCGUAAUUAUUUAUUAUUGAAAAAGACGACAGCAUCUGGACACGAAGCUGGGAUCUGACCUUGACGCCCAGGUCCAGAAGCAACUGGAACUACAACGGCAACUGCAAGUUCGGGUGGAACUGGAACCUAUUUACUGCGGGCCACCGCCUCACAAAUCAUUCUACGGCCAGGUACAGAUAUUGUGGCUACAAUGUCACCCUUAUUUCAAGGCUGUGUACCUCUUGGAGCCUGACGUCUGCUCAACCAGACGUCGUGCUACCCGUUGUUACAACUCCAGCAGCCCCGGAUGGCUUGUGCAAGGCCAGCAAUGGAUUCAACGUUCCAGGCAUAUUCAUCCCUUUAUCGACUCUCUACAUCAACAUGGAAAUGAGUGAACCAGGGUUGAUGGACGGCCAACGCCUUUUUUUAGCCCACAGCCCUUUUCUUUACUAUAAGCGCCUAGCGAUGCCCGGUAAUGGUCACCAGCGGAUGUACUAUCAUGCCGAUCACAAGAGACUUGAAAGAUGCAGAGAAAAAGGUCCCCAGUCGCUGCAAAUCGCCUUCAGGCAACGGGUUACGACGCUGUUUGUAACCAUUCAUCUCGAUGAACGCCUUGUUCUCGCAAACAGAAUCACCAAGCUGCAAAGCACGCUCAAUAAUGCCAAAGGGUUUGUCUCAAGAGCAGGUGAGCCUGGCAUUGCCAGUACCAGGGUCAUCCCAGUCAAUUCAUUUCGGGAGGGCUUCUGUUGGGCUCAGAGAACUCAAACUGGAUCGCAUCAUCGCACACUGAACGCAAGAUAGCGAUGAUCGGCCUCGUCAGUGUUACGUUCAGCUUGUGCCCCGCUGGUCAUGUAGUAGACUACUAUUAAUUUGUCGGCUAGUAGAAGCAGGUGGCUUGCGGUGAGCUGCUUCGUAUGCACCAAACAGCAGAGCUUCCGAAGUUUGCGAACCGAAGCUGAAAAAGAGGGCGGCGUAUGCAGCAGAGCUGGCAAGCUUGCGUUAGUUUCUGACGAGACGCGAGGUAAACCUGGAAAGGCAGCCGGACUGUACGUAAAGAGCUGUUGAAACCGGAUGAGCAGCCCAGGCGAAAAGAAGCUUACAAACAGAGAAACGGAUGCUCACGCUGUCGACUCUCUCUUCAUACGACCGUUUACAGUGAUACUGUUCAGCCCCUCGCUAGCAGCGUCCAAUAUCUCCACAUGAAAACGCCGCAUGCCAACAACAGCAUCAAGUAAAUCAAGUUUUGCAACAAACCCGUCCGCCAUCCGGCAAGUCGCGUGUUUGUUUUUUCCGGACGCGAAAAAGGCGAUGCAGUGGAGGCAGGCGGGGAUGAUAACAGCUCGCUUGAGAUAGACUGUAAGCCGAUUGGCGCUGAGUGACCGUGGGACCAACCAGUGGAUACACAUCGUUUAGAAGACGUUUGCGGAAGCCGUGCAGCGCCUUUCAAUGGUGGGAUGGUCG